AUGGACGCCCUGCAAAAGAGCCUCGACCAGCUCAACAAGCGGGCACCCGGCCUGCAUUCGGCCUCGUCCAGUGCGCGCGCCGCCGCCGCCAACCCGACCGUCCACGACUCCAUCGACCGCCUGAUCGCCCAGAUCGAGCGCGCCAAGGCCAGCCUGGCCGCGCCGUCCUCUGAUACCCCUGCGGAUCCUGCCGUCCUGGUGGCCGAGCUGAAGUCGCUCGUCGACUCGUCGCAGCGCAGCGUGGCAGAGAGGCAGAAGGAGUUCUACGGCGGCCUCAGCAAGGCCUUCAAGGCCCUCGACAAAAAGUUCCCCACCAACCUCGACGGCGUGGCCGACCCGGCCCUCUUUUCGAGCCCCAAGGCGCAAAAGGCGCUCGAGCGCGUCAUCCUCGAGCACCUGCUGCGCCAGGGCGACUGGGACGGCGCAAAGACGUUCGCCGACGAGGCGGCGCUGCCCGUCGAUCCGGGCGUCUCGUCAACCUUUACGGAUCUGCACGCCAUCCUCGACAGCAUCAGGGCGGGCGACCUGUCUCCGGCGAUAGAGUGGGCCGAGCGAGAGAGGCCGUUCCUCGAGAGCCGCCAGAGCCCCCUUGAGUUUGCGCUCCACCGCAGCCAGUUCAUCCGCAUCGCCACCGGGGCCUCGCCGUCGCCGCUGAGGGGAACCGCCUUUCAACCGCAGCGGGCGUCGUCGGCGGCGGCCAACCUGGACCCGGACGGCGAAAACGUCGAGAUGGAGCCUAUCGCGGGCGCCGACGGGGCCAGCGGCUGCCCUGGCCUGUCGGUGCAGGAGCGCGAGCUGUCGCAGUCCAACACCGGCUGCGCCCUCGCCUACCUCCGCCAGCGCUUCCAGCCGUUCCUGCUCGACCGUCUGGCCGAGAUCAAGCGGAUGGUGGCGCUGCUCGCCUACUGCCCGCGCUUCCCGCCGAUGGCUUACGACGACGUCCCCAUGGACGCAUGGACCUACGAGCACUUUGCGUCGCACGUGCCUGCCCUCUACCGCCCGCUGCUCGAUCCGCAGCUGGUCCACGGUCCCUUUUUGGAACCGCUGUUCCGCCUCGAGUACUGCGCCCGGCACCGCGUGGCAAAGGAGGCGCCGCUGGCCAUCGGCGUCGAGAUUGGCGCGGGCGGCGCCCUGAGCCACAUCAUCAAGGUCAAGACGCUGAUGAAGGAGAGGAAAAACGAGUGGAGCCAGGCCGACGAGCUGCCCGUCGAGAUCCCGGUCCCGCCGCAGCUGCGGUUCCACAGCGUGUUUGCGUGCCCCGUCAGCAAGGAGCAGGGGACCGAGACCAACCCGCCGAUGAUGCUGGCGUGCGGCCAUGUGCUCUGCCUCGACACGCUCUGCAGGAUGGCAAAGGGCAACAGCAUCAACAGCCGCUUCAAGUGCUCCUAUUGCCCCACCGAGUCCACACUGAACCAGGCCAUACGGGUCUACUUUUGA